AUGACUUCCGAAGAUGACUUACCCGAGUGCUGCGGAUCCGGUUGUACCAACUGUGUUCUCGAUCGCAAAACUAAAUUCCGAAAGCUUCCCUCCUCGCGGACAAGCAUUCUGGACGGCGGCGCCUAUAAACCAUUCCUCUGCACUAACAUUUCGCAAUGCUCAUUCAAUACGUUCCGUUUCCGGUUUCAACAUCAGCCCUCACUGGUGGAAUCCACCGACGCUGCUGGUAACGAGCUUCACAUUUCCCCGGGAAGCCAUUUGAUGCUGCGUGCUCCAAGAGAUUGGCGCCAAACCAAUCGGCCCACCAACGAACUGUUCAUGCCAUGGCGAGCGCAAUCGAUGGAAAAAGCACGUGUCCAAAAUGGCGGCAUUGGCGCCAAAAAGUCCGCUGAAAAGUACGACCAAAGUGAGCGCGAUUUGUACUUCAGCCGACCGUACACUCCUAUUCGAGUGGAUUCGAACGCGUGUGAGUUCGAGGUGCUGAUAAGGUUGGAAGUAUGCGGGGAGAUGUCCGAAUAUCUGCAGACUUUGCACGCGGGAGAUGUGAUGGAAUGGAAGGGAACUUACACCGGGUUUCUAUGGGAACGGAAUGCCCGAAAGAGCCUGCUCUGUUUUGCACAGGGCGUAGGACUAGCUCCGAUUUAUUCAAUUUUAGCGGCCAUCUUGGAUGACGAGGAGGACGAAACAAGACUGAAGUUGGUUUAUUGCUGUCGAGAUAUCGAAGGGAUUCUGAUGAGAGACGAACUGUUGAAAAUGGGUGCUUUCUGGAACUUUGAAGCAGCUGUUUAUCUAUCUCGGAAAGUUUGUUCCUGCGAUGGAAAAACUACCAGGAGAUGUUCGUGCCUGUCAUCGAAAAUAAAGUACAGCGAGAGGAUCUUCAAUCACAGACUGGAGAAAAUUGACAUAGAGAAUUUAUUGCAUAGAUCUGGUCAGCAGGAUUCAGUUCAGGUCCUAAUCUGUGGGACAGAAUGUUUCACGAAGCUUGUAGAAAAUUGUUUAACACGGUUGAAUGUAAGAAAUGUUUAUAAAUUUUGAUAAUAAACAAGAUAUCCUAAGUCAAACAGAAAC